AUGGGGGACCAAUGGCCACUGGUUGCUGACGGCCUCAGGGCUCAUCUGCAGAGGGUCUACCUGACCCCAUUGCGUUUGGACGCUGCCUUCGAUACAGAUGAGGAGUGCUUGCAACUUGUGGCAGCAGAGUUUCCGGACAUGGUGGGUGAGGAUUUAGUCAAUGCAGUUGCACAGUUGUGUAUUUGGAAAGAAGCUAUGGAGCGCCCUUUCAAGCGUACCCGGAAGGAACUUGCACGACAGGUCAUGUUCCGACUCCCAGUUCCUGGCCAGGCAACGGUUCAAGCAGAGUACAACCGACUGACACAGACCAGUGCCAUUUGCAUUUUGGAGAUGCACAUCAAGCGCAGGCAGAAGAAGUAUCGUGAAGAUCCAGCAGAUGCCAGGGCAAAACGUUUUGAUGCGGAGCGGAAGAAGUAUGCUCGACUUCUUUCACAAGUCAUAAUUCAAGCUGACCUCCCAGUUGCAGGUUUGGUCAGAACUUUGGAUGAUCCCCAGACUGGAUGGCUGCACAUUUUUGCUGCUCGGAGGGGGAAUACUUUGAAGAAUAGAUACAAGGUGUGGCGCCCAUUUGAACUUUGGUUGGAGUGGCAUCGAGGGUAUCUUUUCCCCCGUGGAGUCAAGGAUGCAAUUGACUACAUGCAGCACCGCGUGGAUGAUGGGUGUGGGAGAACUGUUCCACAAGCAUUGCACACUGCUCUGGCGUUGAUCGAGCAGGUGGGCCGGGUGCCGGAGGAUGCAAGGAUCUCCGAGGACCCCCUCUGGCUGGGCCAUGUCAAGGCUUGGAGUGCAGAGCUUGGUGAAGAUGCACCACCACGCAAACCAGCAGAAAUGUAUACAACAGCAAUCCUGGUUUCUUUGGAGCUCACGGUGACUUGUGAGACGGAGCCUUUGUUUGUCAGGGCAUUGGCGUGGGUGGUGCUUUGCAUGGUUUGGGGUGCAAUGAGAUGCGACGAUGUCCAGGCAGUGCUCCCCAGCCGAACGGUCCUGUCAAACUAUGGAUUGAGGAUGGUGCUUGGGAAGUCGAAGACAACGGGCCCGGACAAGGUUCAGAAGGAGGUCUCGGUCCACAUCUACAGGACUGUCUCCCUCACCGGUGAAGACUGGUUGAGAUCUGGUCACGAUCUCUGGAUGGGGGAUCCCUUCAAUUUCCGGAGGGACUAUCUUGUCAUGGAGCCCAACAAGGAGUGGACAGGAGUCAAGAGAAAGUUCUUGCCACCGUCUGGGCUGAGCACAGCCAUUGGGAAGCUGCUCGGAUCUUUGUGUUCCCCGAGGCGCACAACACAUGGUUGGGAGCUCAUGCAUGCCAGCCUUCUCUUGCCUGACGGGUUGGAGACCUUUUACUCAGGCCACAGCCCGAGGAACUAUUUGACUUCCGUUGCAGCAGCGCUGGGCUUCCACAGAGAUGAGCGUGCCUAUCUUGGGCGUUGGACCAUGGGGAUGGUGUCUUCAGAGGAAUAUGUGAGGACGUCCCGCCAGGUGGUGUUCAAGAUCCAGCGGGAGGUCAACAAGGCACUUGUGGAGGGCAGCAACGAGCCGUUCCACGAAGAUGAGAACAUUGACAGGUUGGCUGAUUACGCAGCCGAGGCAGGUGCAAACAAGAACAGGAUCAGAAAGAGGCACACGGUUCUAGUGCCUUACCUGGAGAAGGUCUCACUGGGUGGUGUCUAUCCGACACUGGAGGUCUUGCCUGGAGACUGGGACCCGGACACCCACGGUGAGACUGAGGAGGCAGUGGCAGACCAGAUUGCUUCGCAGACUCUCAAGGAGUCGCUGGCGAAGGCUUCGGAGACAAAGUACUUCAUCACGGUCUCAAGACGUGCUGGGCUGAGGAGGUUGCACCUCUCUGGAUGCUUUGUGCGCCCAGACCGUUGCUUUGAGGUCAUCCGGUUGGAUGUGGUUGGCCAAGAUGACUUCGAUGCCAUCUGCCAGGCAUGUCGCAGAAAGAUGCUGACUGAAAGCGGCAAGGACGGAGGGGACUUGUCGUCCUCGACGGAGCAGAGAGAAUUUAUUCAUGCCAACAUGGACUCCGAUUUACAGUUCAUUUUGGGUGACUCUGGAGUGGCACAAUUGCAUCAGGUUUCGAUUGCAAGGCACUAUGGUUCACUCAGGAAAUUCACAGCUCUGGGUGAUGACCGGGCAUCAAUAAGGACUGCAUGCACACAAGACUUCGCGUUGGCGGCCGAUUCCCCAGAGAACAGAUCUCAGAUUGCUGCCAUUGUUUCUGCUUGGGAGACUUCUAAAGAAUACUUGGCAAAGGAGGUUGAGUUAAAGGCAGAGGCGAAAGUACUUGGUCAGCCUAGAAAUCUUCAGAUACAUGAGAGACAGGCGAUGUUGAAGGCCGUGGAGUCUGUACACGGUACACUGAGCGAUGCAGAGUGUCCAUCAGCGGACUACCUGAGCCUGAAGGCGGAGGAGACCGAGGCAAAUGAGCCAUCUGCUGCACCACUUGAUGAGAUUCUCAGCAAACUUGCUUCUUCGAAUUCUGUUAUUCAGUCCUCUGUUGAUGGUUCUGGGCACAUUCGUGUGACGCGUACGAAAACCAAGGCGAAAAUGCCAUCGACCACUGAGGAAUAUCGCCGUGUCAUGAAGGUCGAGAUGUUUGCAUGGUUGGCGAUGGCUGCCAGGUACAAGGCUAAGCACUGGCUCAAUGGCCUUACAGCAGCACCCUUCUUGAAGUUUGUGGAGUUCAUUUUGGGGGAUAGGGUGUACGGGAUACAGAUACCGACUGCAGAUGGGGGCCAACAGAAGAUCAAGCCUGAUUGGACAAUUGUUUUAUCAUAUGAGCAACGACUUCGUAAGGAAGCAAUGAAACGGGUCUUGGAGGGCCACACACUGUCAGACGCUUUGUUGAUGGUGAUCAAGGAUGCCGAUCUUAAGGAGGCUUACUUCACUACUCCUGUCGCACUGAAGUCGGCGGCUCAAGACAAUCCUCCCAACAAGUUCCAACGUUUCAAUUCGAAAGGGAGCUUUAGUGGGAAGUCCUUUCAGAGUUUUCCGAAAGGGAAGGGGAAAGGAAAGCAGAAAUCGAAGCCUUCUGGUCCCGCCGAUGCCCGUCUGAAGGGAUUGAACUUAGCUUGGAGGACACCGGACGGCCGGGAACUUUGCUUUGCUUGGAACACUGGUGAUUGCGAUGGAUCAUGUGGCAGAAUCCAUCAGUGCAGGGUCAAAGGUUGCUAUGCAGAUCACAAAGCGGUGGAACACAGGACCUUGGAACAACAGCAGUGCAAUACAGUUACAACUUGCGGGGGGGGCACAUGCGACGGGGUUGAAGACCUGUCUGAACAGUUUGAUGUGAAGGCAUGUUGCAAUGCAGGCAUGCCCAUACAAGUGGAGUGGGACCAGACCUCCCGCGGGUUCAUUGACGGCUUUGGGUUGUGCAGCCCGACACGUUGGAGGCCACAGCAGCGCGGUGAGAGGAGGACUCCUGAAAUGGUGGAGUUGGCGGGGUCCACUUUUAAUUUGCUUUUGGAUUGCGUUAACAAGUGCAUUGGCGAUGUCAGGAAAGAGGCCUUCAAAUUAGUGACAGGCAAGAUCACUGAGUCUCCUUUCAAUGAACAAGCCCUUAGUGAUCUUCGAGAUGGCUGGGCAAACCUUCUACCAGACCCUACAGAUGCAAAGGUCGUUGAUGAGGGUCAGCCUUUCUUUCUUAGGGCUCUUUCCCAGUGGUUGAAGAAGUUUGGUGAUCCCGAUGCACAUUGGUUGGUGGACGAAGCCGAUUCUUUUGCAAGCGGCGUUUGCAUUGGAGUGGAUAAACCGCUUCCGAGGUCACCUCAGGUCUUUCCAUUAAAGACCAAACACAGGAAACUUGACGAGACUGAGUUUGCGGCCAUUGCAGACAAUUACCCGUCGGCCCAAUUGUCGUCGGAAGAGCUUGAGAAGAAGUUCCGUGAGGAGGAGCAGCUUGGCAGGAUGCAUCCCUCCAAGUUGGGGGUUUUGAAGCAGGAGUAUGGUGACAGGCUCCGCAUCGCAUCCAUGGCAGCCAUCAGCAAACCUGAUGGGUCAGUGAGGCCCUUGCACGAUGCCACCCAUUCUGUUAUGGUGAACCAUGAGAUCAAGUAUCAGGACAAGAUCUUGUGCCCUGGACCUCCUGAGAUUGCGGCCAUUGUCCAGGAGACGGCCAACUCUGGGGAGGCUUGCUUCUGCGUGAGUGCAGAUAUCAAAGCUGCACAUCGGCUGGUGAAAGUGCGGCGCUCUGACUGGGGCUACAUGUACGACAAGGCCGAGGUUGGUAUUUCAAACAAAAGGGGAGACUGGUUGGUUGCUUGGAUUGAGAAGUUGGCGGAGCAGAAGUACGUUGUUUCAUCACGGGAGUUCGGUGAAUUUCUGGGCAGGUUGAGCUUUGUUGCCCAACUGCUGACUUGGUUGAAACCACAUUUGGCCCCACUGUUUGCAUGGUCUGCCGUUACUUCACGGAGCACGGUGGGCCGCCUUCCUGAGACGGUUAUCAUUACCCUCAAGUACAUCCUGUUGGAACUCCGUCUUGAAAGUUACAUGGUGCACACUGGGAAGCCCUUGAAGUUCAAGGGCGAUCAAUUCCGUACAGACGCUAAGUGUGCUGAUGGAUAUGUGGUUUUGGCCGGUUGGGAGCUUGGUACAAGGAGAUGGUUUUCAUUGCGGGUUGGUCCGGAGGAUGCUCCGUAUUUAUUUAAGGAAGGGGGCCAAUCACAGUGGGCCUCAACCUCUGCUGAACUACUGGCUUCACUGGCAGCCCUUCAUACGUUUGGGUGGAUUGCUGAUGGGAGGCGACGGAAGGCAUUGCAGGUCUCCCUUUUGGGGGGCACAGACAACAGAGCCAAUGAAGCUCUGACGUUGAAGCGUUCAACAACAAAGUGGCCGUUGAUGGCUAUAAACAUGCAGAUGUCCUCAGCGUUAGCCAGGUCACGGACCACCCUCAACCUUAGCUGGAGACCCAGGGAGGAAAACACUGAGGCGGACGAUCUCACCAAUGAGGUCUUUGAAGGUUUUGACCCUGCUUUGAGGGUAGCAGUAAAACUGAAAGACUUGGACUUGACGAUCCUUCAUGCAUUGGUUGCAGUGCAUUCAGAGUUUGAAGAUGCGAAGAAGGCCGCCAAGGCCGAUCGAUUGAAGGAUCCUGCGUCCAAGAGUAAGAAGUUUGACAAAUCCCCGUGGUGA